AUACCAGGAGCGUGCUGCUGGAUGAGAGAGAGCAACCCUGCAAGAAACAGCUGCAAAGCGCAUGACAGACUGGCACGCAGUGAUACAGCUCAUACUGGUCUCAGUCUGCUUUCAAGAUCUUAGCCAAAAAAAAAAAUCGAUUAACACUGCAACGUUAAUGCGAUAUACCCGCUAGUGUUCUACAACUUUUUCAAACUCUUAAAAGGAUACCUCCUUGAUCAAAACGCCUUCCCACAUGAAAAUGCCAGCCGAUACCAUGGAGAAACCUACCGCAUCCCCAGCUGCUGGUGCGCCGGCAAGCGCUGCUCAAUCGCCGGACAAGUCAAAGAGUGCAAGCGAACACAGAAAGUCAUCCAAACCCAUCAUGGAAAAGCGCCGCAGAGCGAGGAUUAACGAAAGCCUUGGGCAACUCAAGACCCUGAUUCUGGAUGCUCUUAAAAAAGAUAGCUCCAGACACUCAAAACUUGAAAAAGCCGACAUCCUUGAGAUGACUGUGAAACACCUGAGGAACCUGCAGCGUGCCCAAAUGACUGCUCUCACUGCUGAUCCCACAGUCAUGGGAAAAUACCGAGCUGGAUUUAACGAGUGCAUGAACGAGGUGACCCGGUUCCUGUCCACUUGCGAAGGGGUUAACACCGAGGUCAGGUCCCGUCUCUUGAACCACUUGUCCGGCUGCCUUGGUCAGAUGAUCGCCAUGAACUACCCGCAGCCCGCUGGGCUCCAGCCGGGCCACCUCGCGCAGCCCUUGCAAGUGCAGCUCCCAUCCGCAGCAACUGCCCCCCUCAACGGAGUCUCCAUGCCCGGCAAGCUCAGUCCGGCCGAAGCGAUCUCCCCAAAGGUAUACGGCGGCUUUCAGCUUGUUCCCGCAACGGACGGACAGUUUGCUUUCCUGAUUCCCAACCCUGCAUUCGCAUCUGCCAAUACCCCGGUUAUUCCUCUCUACGCCAACACCAACGUGCCAGUGGCCGUCAGCACCAGCCCUGUGCACGCCAACGCAGCGCCAACCGUGACGUCUCCGAUCCAAGGCAUGACGUCAUUCGGAAUCUCCGGUGUUUCACGAGCUGUCAGCCCCAUGGGCGUCAUCAGCACCGGCCCAGAGAGCGAAUCUGUGUGGAGGCCUUGGUAAAGAAAAGACAAAAAAUAAAUGAAAAUAAAAUAGGCCUUCUCCCUAGAACACUUAUAAAGACUAAAAAAAAAAAACCGUUCCGUUGUAAGGAACGCACCAAGCUCUUCUGAAGGACUUACAAUAAGAGUUGUUGUUAUUUAUUAUGUUUAUCCAACAUUUGGAUGACUUUUUAUAGUUGUAAAUAUGAUUUUCAUUCUUGGUGAAGAUGUUUAUAUUGAAAGUUCUUUUUUUCUGGAAAGAAUAUAGUUUUGUAUUAACCUGUCACAAAUGAGUGUUUCAAUGCCAAAGUCAUGUUUUUUUUUAUUUGUAUUCUAGUUUUGUGUUUCAAGCCUCCUGCAUACAGAGGGUUCAAAUAAAUACAAUAUUUGAAAUUUAUAAA